GCUUGAGGCACGUGCGCGAGCGCCCGUGGCGGAUGGCAGGGGCUCUCUGGGUGCCUGGGCUGCAGGCGGCAACGCAGGUGACACAGGCGUACCUGCUCCGCUGCCCGCCACCGCCGCCGUGCCCGCAGGCGAACUGUCCGACGGUCGCGCUGCCGCCGUGCCCGCAGCCCGUGCCGUGCCCCCCUUGUCCGGCGUGCCACGCCAGCCAGUGCCCAGCAGCUCCAGAGGCCGCGGGGGGCUGCGACGCCUGGAGCUCGGGCGGCCUGCUCCUCUUCGUCCUCGGCGUCCUGGCAGGUCGGUCACCGGCCGUGGAGGCGAUGACGGGCCACGUGGAGAGACACCAGGUGGCCUGGCUGCGCUACCGAGUAGCCGGGCCCGCUCUGUACCAUCAAAGAUUGCUCUUGAAGCAGCUCCGAUCGUCCGUUGACAGCUGGGUAGUGCUGACGCCCGACGGCGACAUGUACGUAGAGGAUCUUGAGGUGAGUGACGACAUCCGGGAGGUGCUCUACGAGAACAUUCCUGGCGUGGAGUCCGCGCAGGUGCGAGGCUGCGGCUACAGGUUCGGCGCGAUGCCCUCGGCCGACGGCCUGAGGAGGCUGGCGCAGCAGGCGGAGUCGUUGCGGGACCAGGAGGACGCCGUGCGGGGGUACCGGGCCCCGGCGGAGGGAGCCGGCAGCCAGGGCGGCUUUGAGCCUGUGGGAGGCACGGAGACCCCGCGGGGUGCGCCAGGUCUGCCGCCGCCGCUCCCGCCGCCUUUGGAGGCUCCGGGGCCCCCGGGACGCUGGGUCAUUGCCAUCGACACCGGCGAGGGCAAGGUGGGCGACUCCAUCACCGUUGCUGACGUGUCGCGGGCGUCGGGAGACACACGCAUUGGCGUGGCUCAGGUGUCGAACGGGGCCUGGGUGUUCGUGGAGCGGCACGGAGAGACUAAGGAGGAGUACCUCAGCCGGACUGCCAGGCGUCGUGGAGCUGGUGACGGCAGCCUUGAUGCGCGCGUGCUGCCGGUGACCUACAACUCCUCGAGCGUGCGCCAGCGCCCCUGGAGAGAGACGGUGGCGAAGAUGUCUCAGGUCACGUUCUCGGACUGGCCGCUGCCGGGGCCACGCACCGUUGACUGGUGUGCGCGCUUCGUGGAUCGCAGGGGGGGCGGCCCGGUCGACCACCGCCGCUGGUGGGUCGGCCACCUUCGCCUGCAGAGCUCGGACUUCGGGGUGCAGGAGCACGAGCACGGCAUGCGAGCGUUCCAGUUUUUUGGGGAGUACGACCAGGUCGACCUCCCAAACCUGGUGGGCUUGGAGGUCACACUCCGUCGGUGCCAUCUCAUCGAGUACCAUUACGAGAAGAAGGGCAAGGCAGCCACUGGCAAGGAGCAGGGGGCUGGGCUGUCACGCGAGGAGGCGGCCUACUUCACGGGCUCGCACAGGCUCGGGGGUGAGGUGAUGAUCUGCCCCGAGUUGAUAGAGUGGGUUUCAAAGGAGAUCGAGAAGGACGCCAGCGUGGCGAAGCAGAUGCGAAAAGCGCGGGAGGAGGCGCGCCUCUCGCGCAAGGACUUCAACGUCAGCCGGAAGGUCAGGCGCCGCCUCGAGGCCCGCUCGCACGCCGACCAGUGGUGCGCGGACGUCGCACGCUCGUUGAAUGAGAUAGGAGGGCACCUGUGCAAGGACACGGACGCCUGCCGCUCCAGCCGCUUCCGGCCGCGUGUGCACGACCUCGGCAUGGCCCGCGUGAGGGCCAGUGUCGAGCGGUGUGGGCGGCCGCCCGCCGACCUCACCUGCCAGGGGGCCUUUGAUGAGCUCCGGGCCAACCACAGCUACGAGGGUGCGCCUGCGGCUGUGGCGCCGAUGGACAUAGGCUUGCUCAGCCUGAGCGGGGCCGGCGCUCUUGCCGACCUGGCCCAGUUGCUGCGUGAUGGCCGCUCUGAGGUCCGCGGUUUUGUAAAAGAUUUUCUCCUGCCAAAGGAUCAGGCAGACGUGCGUCUCGGCCUCGAGGGAGUGCCACGCCGUCCAUACUCUGAUCCUCUGCUGCACCGGCCUCGAGAGCACGAGCGUCUCUUGGCAGUCAUGUCAAGCAAAGGAAUGAUCGAGUAUUUUCUCGACGUGGUCGAGACUUGCGGACUUUUUAGUGUUUGGAAAAAGAGCGGGAAGCAGAGACUCAUCAUUGAUGCCCGCCGAUCGAGUUGUUGGUUCAAGGACCCCCCAAAGACCCGUCUGGCCUCAGGGGGCUCUUUUGCUCGUCUUUCUGCUGCCGCCGAUCUCACUCUCGAGCUCGGUCAGACUGACAUACAGGAUGCCUUCUAUCAGCUUGCUAUGCCGGUCGAGCUCCGCCCGUACUUUGGUCUGGCGCCCGUUCGAGCCGGCCGUGUAGGGGUGUCUGUCACUGUCGAGGGAUCCCAGGUCUCACCCAGCACGCUUGUCUACCCACGCCUCUGUGUCUUGGCGAUGGGGUGGACCCGCGCCCUGAAUUGGCGCCAGCGGGUGCUUGAAGACAUCAGCUCCCGGGUCCCAGGUCUUGGGAUGGAGUCCAGGUCCCGGGAAACGCCCGAGCUGCGGCCCACGGUGUGGCCGAAGAGCUGCGCCUCGCCGGGUUGCGUGCUCACCCUGUCGAAGCGGCUCUCUGGGAAGGAUCUGGAGGUCCUCGCGGGGCACUGCGCGCACGCCUUCCUCAUGCGUCGUGAGUUGCUGUGCUGCUUCAACGCUGUGUACGCCUUCAUCGCAAAGCAUCGACACGAGCGGGUGCCCCUGUGGGAAGUGGUACGUAAAGAGCUCCGAUGGGCCUCCCACUUGGUUUGCUUCUUUUGGCGUGACCUGUCGGCUUCUGUCUGCCCCGUGGCGGUGUCGAGCGACGCGUCGGAGCGGGGGCGCGGGGUCACCGUCUUGGAGGGGGACAAGGGCGACAUCGUAGAGGCUAUGAAGUACUCGGACAGGUGGCGCAUUCGUGAUGGCUCCGGAGGGGCCCGCGCACAGGCCGCUGAGCUGAUCGAGGAGGCCCUGGCGGGCCACCGCGUCCCUGGAGAACGUGAUGAAGGAGCUCAGCCGGGCGCCGUCGCGGACGGCGAGGCGGACUGGGGCCCCGAAGGAGGUGAUCGAGUCCCACUGGUCCCCGAGAGGCUCCUCAAAGGGAAGUGGUCUGUGUUGUGCUCUCGCCCUUGGAAGCGCCCCGAAGGCAUGCCCGUCCUCGAGACCCGGUCGACGCUCUGGGGGCUGCGACACCAACUUCGUAACACACGGUGGUGGGGUCGAAGGCUCCUCUUCCUGUCCGACUCGAUGUCCGCCACCCCGGCUCUGUCGAAGGGCCGGAGCUCGGCCCCAGGCAUGCUGAGAGCGGUGCGGGCAUGGGCGUCGUCGCUGCUGGUGUCGGGCUGCUUUGCAACCGUCCGCUGGAUCCCUAGCGAGCUCAACUCGGCAGACGCUCCCUCGAGGCGUGGGCUCGCCCUCGGCUCCAGGGGGCGGCGAUCGCGAGGGGCCAAUCCUGGCCCGCGAGGCGCGGCCGCUGCCGGCCCAGGCGCCGCCCCCGAGCGCCCUCUCGGCCGACGGGGCUCUGCCGCAGCGCGUGGCGGCGCCGCCGCGGGCGCGAGGGCCGGCGCGGAGUGGCCGGGCGGAGGGCCCGGCCGCCGCCCCCGCCUCUCCGCGCCGCGCGGGGAUGCCCGCGAUGACGCCCGCGAGGCGGGCCCGCCGCAGCGCGGCCAAGGCCCCGGCCGCGCGGACGCCCGCCCGCAGGCGCUGGGCAGGGAGCAGGGCGCCGGCGGCCGUCAACCGCAUGAGCUUCUGGCUGCCGGAGAGUGUCAAGCCGCGGACGUGAGUGCUGUACCCGACGAGCUGGGACUUCCUCGCGGACUGGGCCCGGGAGCGAAGCUACCGACCGUGACGGAGGACGAGCUCGAGACGGCCGUGCUGGACUACCUCGGCUGGGAGUACUUCGAGGGGGUCCACUCAAGUUUAGGGAGCCGCCUGGUCUGUGCCGCGUGCUACCUGCGCCCGGAGCUCAGCCGCCAGCGCGACGCGAGGCGGGCCCGCGUCCGGUCGGCCCUGCGGGUCUGGAGCCUGCGGUCGCCGAGCCAGUCGCGCCUGCCGACCCUGUGGGAGGUGGUUUGCCUGAUCGUGGACCUCCUGGUGCGGAAGGGCCAGUGGGACAGGGCCGCGCUGAUCGCGGUGCGCGUGGUCUUCUACCUGCGGCCCAGCGAGCUCCUGGACCUGAGGACCUGCCAGCUGGGGCUGCCGCUGGCCGCCAGCCAGUCGCUCCGGCAGCGCGUGACCCUGGCGUUGCACCCGAUGGAGCUCGGGCAGCCGUCCAAGGAGCUGGGCAUGGAGGUGCUGGGCUCGCCAACCCUCCACGGCCUUCGGCGCGCAGAGGCGUGCCUGGGCUGCGCGCUGGGUCGCCGCACGAUGCUCGAGAUCCAGCACCGCGGGAACUGGGCGGCCGCCACCCGGCGGCUGGCCGAGCAGCUUCACCUGCCCGCCCCAGGUGCGCGUCUAGCCGCGCGCCGAUGCGCCGCGCGGAUUGGCAGCAUCCUG